CCCAAAAGCCAUCUCUUAACCUACGCACAACCUCCCUUAUGCGUUCGUUAGAACCAACCCCCAAAGUCUCACCUCCAAUACUAAUCAACUCAAACCCUUCCUUCUCUACACUCACGCUUCUGCUUUCAAAAUAAAAAUAAAAAUUUAUUUCUCAAAACAAUAAAAGAGCAAGAGAUCUCUCUUUAUGAAGUGAAAAUGGCAGUGCAGAGGAUAGAGCUAGGAAGAGGAGAUCUAUGGAAGAGCAAAGCUAAAGCACUACAGCUCCGUCUGCGAGACCGCUUUAGAGUGGUGGUUGAUCGUCAUCGCCGCCGUCCUCAUAUUUUCUCCGCCGCGUCCGAUGGUUACUUCUCCUCCACCGUCCAACGGUGGCUCAACCAUUUCCGUGAUUUUCGGCGAGAUUCUCUCCACUCCCACUCCGCUUUCUAUCGCAAACGAGUCAGCAAGGACUUUAAUGCUGAUGAAGAAUCGGUUAUUAUACGAAUGGUUCAGUCAGUGGCUGUGCCUCUGCUUGGAAACAUGUGUCAUGUGUUUAUGCACGGACUUAAUCGUGUUCAGGUUUAUGGUGUGGAGAAAUUACAUGAUGCAUUGCUGCAUAGACCCAAGAACAAGCCUCUUUUAACGGUGAGCAAUCAUGUUGCUUCAGUGGAUGACCCGUUUAUUAUUGCUUCACUGCUUCCUCCCAGUGUAUUGAUGGAUGCUCAGAACUUGAGAUGGACGCUUUGUGCUUCUGAUCGCUGUUUUAAGAAUCCUGUGAGUUCUGCAUUUUUCCAAUCUGUCAAAGUAUUGCCAGUUGCUCGUGGUGAAGGGAUUUAUCAGAAGGGCAUGGACAUGGCUAUCGCAAAGUUGAACAGUGGUAGUUGGGUUCACAUAUUCCCGGAAGGUAGUCGUUCUCGGGAUGGUGGAAAAACCAUGGGUUCUUCAAAGAGAGGUGUGGGGAGGUUGAUCCUUGAUGCUGACACUGUCCCUUUGGUCAUCCCAUUUGUACACACUGGGAUGCAAGAGAUCAUGCCCAUAGGAGCAACUCUCCCAAGGAUUGGAAAGAGGGUGACAGUGCUUCUUGGUGAUCCAAUCCAUUUUGACGAUAUACUUGAUGCGGAAGGUGUUGAAAACAUAUCAAGAGGAAAAAUGUAUGAUGCCGUGUCUUCAAGAAUUGGCCAGCGAUUGCAACAACUAAAAGUCCAAGUUGAAAAAUUAGCAUUGGAACAAUCAGUCGAGUUUCAACAAGCUGCUGCUGGAAUCACAGAGAGGGCAGCUGAUAUGUUGCAGCAGGUUGACUGGGGUUCAUUUGGCGCGGGAAGCCAUGUGUCCACCGAAGAAAGAGAUUUACCAUGUGAACCCCGACCUUCACAGGAGCUCCUUUCUUCGGGUCGGUACUUCAGGAUUGGAUUCUCUUAUGACAGUAUAAUCAUUUCAAGGAUGCGUGGCUACAUGGACUCAACUGAGCUACUGGGUUUUGCAGCCAGAGGCCUGUUCAUGAACUUUAGGGCAAGGGAACAUACUGCUAGUAUUAGAGAUGUAGGCCCAGUGAGGGCAUGGAAACAGUUUUUGGAAGCUAACUUACUGGGGCAAUGGAACGCCUGCUAGUAAUACUCUGGUAGAUUUUGAUGCAAUACUGAUUUGGUCGCUAUAAAUAGAACUUUAACAAAAUUCAACAUCAACUGUCAAUGUAAUACCUUAAUCUGUAAUGAUAAGCUCUUGUUUCAAGAAAUGAAAAA